GCGAGCGAGUGACAAGCGUGAAAGCUGCGUGCGAAAAGCUCAGUGUUUUGGUGGAGAAAAAACGAGUCGAAAGUGGAUUUCUGUGCGCAUUUUCUGGUGUUUCGUGAUGUUUCUUAGAUCGCAGCGAUGAGUGAUCGCUGUUGAAAAGUGAGACUCUACGUUGAGACUGUUUUUUUUUUUGUGUUCGUUUCGAUGCGGAAGGCUUAGGAGGUGGAGAGGAAGAAGAAGAAGAGCGCUCGCCCCGCCACCGACGUCAGGAUGAUGGAGUCAGAUAUAUGCAGGGUGUGCAGAUCGGAGGGACUGCCCGACAGACCACUGUUCCAUCCAUGCAUCUGCACGGGCAGCAUCAAGUGGAUACAUCAGGAGUGCCUGAUGCAAUGGAUGCAGUACUCGCACAAGGAGUACUGCGAGCUGUGCAGUCACAAGUUCUCCUUCACACCCAUCUACUCGCCGGACAUGCCUGGCAGAUUGCCACUGAAGGAUCUCGCCGGAGGCCUUCUCAACUCCAUUGCGACGGCGAUGAAGUUCUGGUUGCAUUUCACGCUGGUCGCGAUCGCCUGGCUCGGCAUCGUUCCCAUCACCUCUUGCCGCAUCUACAGGUCGAUGUUUACGACCGCUUUCGACGUCGGCGAGAUGUUCUCCACCGAGAACAUCACCACGGACAUCUUUCACGGAUGUUUCAUUGUCACGUGCACGCUCUUCUCGUUCCUGGGACUGCUGUGGCUCAGGGAACAGAUCCUCCUCGGCGGUGGCCCGGAUUGGCUCGAGCGGAAUCCCUUCUUCCUGCAGGACUUACCCAUCAUCGCGCAGGAGGGAAACCCUCAGCAGGAGAACAACAAUGUUGUAGGCAACGAGCAGCAGCAGAACCCUGAUGCAGCAGUUGCAGCUGGUCCUGCUCUAGAAAUCAACGCUGAAGCAGGAGGCGAUGCACAAAACGGCGAUAACAACUGGGAUCAGUUCUACUUUGAUGAGGAUAUAUUCGGUAACGGCGAGAAUAAUGCGGCUGCUGCUGCUCCAGCUGAUGCGAACAAUGCUAAUGAUAUUCCUGAGGUGCAACCGGCGCAGCCCGAGGAAGCGAUAGAACCGCCGAGAGAUGCUGUCGACGCUCCAAAUGCCAACGAAGAAAACAAUUGGAUCCCCAUGGAAUGGGACAGAGCGGCCGAGGAGUUGUCGUGGGAACGAUUGUUGGGUUUGGAUGGAUCGCUUCUUUUCCUGGAGCACAUCUUCUGGGUUGUUUCAUUGAACGCGCUCUUCGUUUUGAUUUUUGCCUUCUGUCCAUAUCUGAUGGGCGUACUCUUCUUGAAGGUGUUCAGUUUGCAGGAGACUGCGUCCGAGAGUCACUUCGAGGGAUUGCUUACAACGCUUAUGGGCUACUGCUUGGUGGGAUUCAUCUUUCUGGUGUUCCACCACAUCGCCGCUGCGCUGCGACUCGGUAAGGCCCGUCGUCUCCUCGGUCUGUGCUACAUAGUGGUGAAGGUGGUGUUGCUGAGCGUGAUUGAAAUCGGUAUUCUGCCGCUGGUGUGCGGCUGGUGGUUGGACAUUUGCUCGCUGACGAUGUUCGAUGCCACCUUGAAAGACCGCGAGACCUCCUUCAAGGUCGCCCCCGGUACUUCGAUAUUCAUCCAUUGGCUCGUCGGCAUGGUCUACGUCUACUACUUCGCCAGUUUCGUGCUGCUGCUACGCGAGAUCCUGAGACCGGGCGUGCUCUGGUUCCUGCGCAACCUCAACGAUCCCGAUUUCAGUCCCAUCCAGGAGAUGAUCCAUUUGCCGAUCCUGCGUCACAUUCGGCGACUGCUGCUCUCGAUCGUGAUCUUCGGCAGCGCCGUACUGCUGAUGCUCUAUCUGCCCAUCAGGAUGUUGAAGAUGGUCGUGCCCACGUUCCUUCCGUACACGAUCGCGUUGAACAACGAGCUGCAGGUGAACGAGUUGUCGCUGGAACUGCUGCUGCUGCAGGUCAUUCUUCCGGCGCUUCUGGAGCAGGGACACACUCGUACCUGGCUGAAGGGAUUGGUGAAAUGCUGGUGCAAGUACGUGGCCUGGGUGCUGGACAUUUACUCGUACUUGUUGGGCGACGCGGAGGACGAACAGGAGCAGCAGCAACAGCCGCCCGCCCCACAGGUCGCCGGCGGUUUGGGCGCCGCUCAUCAGGCCCUCCUCAUGCGGGACGGACCAAUUGGUUUCAGACCGUACGUGCGUCCGACUCUGUUCGCGGCUAGGAUUGCCGUGCUGCUGGUGUUCGUGUGCGUGUCGCUGAUGAUAGGAAGUCUCGUGGCGCUCACGGUGCCGGUCGGCAUCGGCAGGAAGGUGAUGGCUCUGUGGUUGGUCGGCGCUCCACCGCCCAGUCCGCAGGUCACGGCUUCAGGAGGCAGCGGCGGCGGUGGCGACGAGCAGAACGCAGUGAUGAAAGUGCACGAGCUGUACACGGCCGCGUGCGGCACCUACAUCUGUUGGCUGGCGAUGCGCGCCGUAUCUCUGUUCGUCAGUUGGUUUCCGCAGGGCAGGGCGGCGAUGAUGCAGCGUCUGAAGCACUGGUUCGUGUUAGGAGCUAAGACGAUAGCGGCGAGCGCCGUCCUUCUCGGUCUCAUCCCUCUCCUGUUCGGACUCCUGCUCGAGCUGGUGGUGAUCGUGCCGUUGCGCGUACCCCUCUACCAGACGCCCGUCUUCUUCGUCUGGCAGGAUUGGGCGCUGGGCGUCCUCUACACGAAGAUCGCUUGCGCCAUCACGAUGAUGGGUCCCGAUUGGGCGUUGCGCACGGCCAUCGAGCGCGUCUAUCGCGACGGCAUCCGCGACAUGAAUCUCCGAUUCAUUUAUCGCGAGGUGGCCGCCCCCGUCGUCGUCACGUGCGGUCUCGCGCUCGCCGUCCCCUACGUGAUCGCGUACAGCGUGGUGCCGCUCUUCGUGUCGAACCUCUUCACCACCGAUCUGAUCGGACGUCGUCUGUAUCCCUUCCUGCUGCUCGUCAUCGUCUCGACGGUCAUCGUCACGGUGCAGGUGCGCCAAUUCAAGCGUCUCUACGAGCACAUAAAGAACGAUAAGUAUCUGGUCGGACAGCGACUCGUCAACUACGACCAUCGCAGGUCAAAGAUGGCCUCGUCGAAGUCGGCCGUCUCAAAGACGACGACGGCUGCUGCGGCGCCGCCCCCACCGCCGCCGCCUCUCUGGCCGAACGACGACGAAGAGCAAGCGCCCGAUCUUGUCGACGCUGCCGCCGCCGUCGCCGCCCCCGAAGUUAACUGAAACCGUUUUUUUUUUUAAAUAACUUUAGGCAGACCAAAACGACUUGUAAAUAACAACCGAAGCGGUCUUACUCUCUUCGUUCAUUCAUGAUCUUGAAGAUGAAUACUAUCGGUUUACACCAUUUCACCACCCCCCGCCCUCUAAGAGUAAUUACAAAAACCGAUGACUUAGCGUAAUGUAUAUAUAAAUAUUAUAUGUAAAAAAGAGAGAAAGAGAGAAAAUAUUAGUUGAGAAUAAUCACUCGAUCGCACUAAUCAUAAUUAGACGACGUCGCCACCCCCAAACACACCUCACUCAUCGUUGUGCACGGUAGAUGUUUUUUUGUAGUUUUUAUCCAACUAUUAUUAAUUUUAUGGUCUAGUUUUAUUUCUAUUUCUCGGUUCAUUUUAUCCAUCCGGCAGAGGCGGCGGCGACGGCCGUUUAAUCAUCAUCAUUUGUUUUUUUUAUUCAUUUUUUUUUAAAAUUAAGUUCUUCAUUUUUUUUCUUUGAUUUUAUUUUACUCAUGUAAAUAAUAUACAACACGACCCCGCGAGGGCGUUCAUCUACACCAAACGAAACGAUCCACCCACCUCUCAUCAUCGUAAUCGUCAUUCGUUUAUCGUUGUUAAAAUUUGCUGCGCGAGUUGCAUACGCUUUCUUGAUUGCUGUAUUAAUACACGAUUAUCGUUGAUGUGCGUGCGUGGAUAAGAUUGCGACUGUAGGAAAACUUUACAAUUAUUCUCUUGUAAUUAUUAAUGGUAACAGCAACAACAAAAAAAAUGAAACAAAGA